UCCACCCCCCUUCAUUCAUCGCUGGCCGCGGCGCUGUCGAGGCUCGCUCGUCUCCACGCUGGGAACGCGGCGCUUCGAGGAGAGCGGGGACCAUGAGGGGCUCCCGUCCCCCGAGGAGCACGCGCGGAAGGGCAGGCUUCAGGCCGAGCUGUAGCCUACAUGUGUACUGGUGUAAUGCGCCUCUGCAGUAAGUGAAUGCCUGCGCCCAGACUCUCUGUGGUUUGGAUCCAGGACACGGAUGUUAUUUGACUGAUUCUGGACGACACUGAAACCCCUAUAAUUCUAAGAGAUUAGUCUACUAAUCACUGAUGAUUAUUAAUUUUAUUCCCAAUGUUGCCACAUUUUUUUUUAAUCCUUGAAACCAGUAGGGAUGUGGCAGGGGUUUGACAGAUGCUUAAUACAGACACACUGUUACAUAAGUUGACAUGUGUAUUGUUUAAAGUGACCUCUAGCCCACAUUACAUGAGCCUUUACCAGAUGAAAGAUGGCUGAAACUGUCUUAUGUGUUGGUCAAGGUCUUGGAUUAAAAAGAGGAUGGCAGUGAAAAAGAAUUGUACUACACAAAAAUUGACUAAUGUUGUUAAAAAUAGACAAUCACAACAUGUUGAGUUUGGAGGCCUAUUAAUGGUACUGUAUGUUUUCUAUUUGUUCUACAUUUGUAACUAUGUACUUGUUAUGACCUCCACAAACUUAUGAGUGAACCUUAUUUAACGCAAAGGCUCAGACUCAGCCUGUAGGUAGAGCUCUGUAUCUUUCUGACCUUUCGUGUUUUUUCUAAAUCAUUCCACUAACGCGUCAUCAGAUUGAGAUUUGGGGAAUUUGGAGGCCAUGGCAACGCCAGCGCCUAAACUCAUCAUGACCUGCAGAGCCCUAUAUGUCCCAGACGCAGCGCUCUUAUAUGCAUGGUGUGCUCUGACACGUCGAUCAUGCAGCAGGAGAUCUUCCGUGGAAUAAGGUCAAUGUGAUAUCCUGGUGAUCACGUAUCCCUGCGGCUGAUUUGCUACUUGCCCUUCCUCAUCACUUUUUCUUGGUAUCAAUGAUUGUGGAAUGGGAACACUUACGAUACCUGCUGUGAAGGAGAUGCUCAGACCUGUUGAUGUCUUAACUGCAUUAUAUUUCAGUCAAGUCCAAACUUGUAGCCUUUUAAUUGCGAGCACACAGCGCCACCUGGUGUUGGAACGUUAUCACUGCCUAAAAUCCAAGCAAAGCAGAAAGAGUCCAGUCAGAAUGUUUCAUAAAAUAUUUAAUCUGCCCUUAAAAGUAAAACAUGAUAAUUGAACUUGAUUGAUAGGUCAUAUUCCACCUUUGCACUCUCUGAUUCAGAUUAGUUCCACAUUUUCAUUAUUGUUGUGUGAAAUAUUUGAAAUAUUUCCGCAACAGAAUGAAUCAUUCCAUUUGAGGAACCAAUUUAUCUUUCCCUUCUUGAUGGGUGAUACUGCUCAGAGAUGCUCUGAUAACUUUCACAGCUCAUCAUCUUUAGCUCCCUUCUGUUGAAAUACAGAAUUAUGUAUAUUUACAUAUAUUCAGAUUUAUCCGUUAGUUAUGGUUACAGAGUUUGAACCAUCUUCUUCUUUUCAUUACCAUAUUAUGAGCUGAUUAAAAUCCUUGGUGGACAAACAAUAUAUUAUGCAUAUUGUGCCAGGCUGGUUGACCUUUGUGUGUACAUGUACAGUUCAUGUGAUCGUGAACUUGUUGAUUUGCUGUUUCUCUAGAAGGAUGUGUGACUUUUACUCUGGAGGGGCCCGUGACUGGGUCGUGUCCAACUUGAGGCUGCAGUAGUUUCUGAUGAUGUUUAUCGUUGGUCCCAGCCGUCAGCACUCUCUCUGUUCCGCCUCUCCCAUUGGCUGCCGUGCCUCUGAACUCUCCUCUGAUUGGUUCGCCUCUCAGCUGCAUUCACUGCCCAUGUGUGUUGCAUGUGAACAGCUCAGCACUUGUUUUUUUUCCCGCAUCUGAUUUCCUCGUUCACCUGCCCACGUUUCCUCGUUAUUACGGUAACGUUCUCCUAGACGUGUUGUCUUUGUGGCGAGGGUUUGAACAGCUGCUCAUACCCGGUAAAUGUUUAUGAAAUGGAUUCGUGGAAGUUUGUUUGCCCCAGGCUGAACACAGGACGUGCAAUAAAAUUUAAUGCCUACUGCGAUUUCAUAAAACUCCAAAUACAACCAGAAAGAUUCUAAAUGUAUAGGUGUAAACAAAAAAAUCGUAGACUUAUGUUUAUUUGAAUUUAGGAGAUUUCACGUUUUCACCAUUUAUCAAAUUACUGUUACACUGUUAUUGUGGAAAACAUUACCUUGAGACAUGAUUAUUUAGUAGAUUCACUUUUGUUUCUAACUGAAUGGUGUCAUAGUUUAACUACUAGUUGGUUCAGUUGCAGUCUAAAAUAGGAAAUGUCAAUGCAUUUCACACGUGAGAACAAUAACGUGAUCAGGAAGAGAAAAAAUAACAGUAAGAGUUUUAAAAUGCUGUCAAAUUAGUGUUUCCUCCUAGAAGAUUUAUUUUACUUAUUACCGCUAUUAUUUUUAUUCUUAGACUGUUACUGGUAUCUGCGUGUAUUUGCACUGUGAAGUAAGGCGAUGAAAUACUAACAACUUUAAAUAAGCCCCUGGUGUCGUAGGCUUUAACUGUAAGGUACAGUUAAAGUACAGGACAUCGUGUACGCCGCUUUGUUGUUGCCCCCCUAGAUUCGCAUUGCGCUUAGUCCCCUCCCGUUACGGUAGCUGCCGCUCAGCUCAUGUGUGACGUGUGCAGCCUGCUGAAUAACACUGUCGGGACUGGAGCUCUCAAACCUCAGUUUGUUGCCGGAGAGGAGACACUAGCGAACCCAGCAUCCAGGAUGUUGGACAACGACGACUUUAGGAUGGACACUUGCCCGCGGGAGCUCACCCAGAACCCGCUGAGGAAGAUCUGGCUUCCGUACAGAAACGGCCACAUAGCUCAGAGACGGGUUUGUAUGACUAACUGCCCGACCCUGAUUGUGACCGUGGGCCUUCCAGCGCGAGGGAAGACCUACAUUUCAAAGAAGCUCACCCGCUACCUAAACUGGAUAGGCGUGCCCACCAAAGAGUUCAACGUUGGCCAGUACCGGAGGGAGUGUCUGAAGAUCUACAAGUCUUUUGAGUUUUUCCGUCCAGACAAUGAAGAAGGCUUAAAAAUCAGACGUCAGUGUGCGACCGCUGCGCUCAAUGAUGUCCGGCAGUACCUGAGUGUUGAAGGGGGACAGGUGGCGGUUUUUGAUGCUACAAAUACAACAAGAGAAAGACGAGGGCUCAUUCUUAAAUUUGCUGAGCAGAAUGGAUUUAAGGUAUUUUUUGUGGAGUCAGUGUGUGAGGAUGCAGAUGUCAUUGCACAAAAUAUAGUGCACGUGAAGUUGGGAAACCCAGACUACAUUCACUGCAACACAGAGGAGGCCGUUGAAGACUUCAUGAAGAGAAUCAAGUGCUACGAGUCCUCCUACCAGUCUCUGGAUGAGGUUCUGGACAGGGAUCUGUCUUACAUAAAGAUCAUGGAUGUGGGCCGGCGUUACUUGGUGAACCGUGUUCUCGAUCACAUCCAGAGCCGAAUCGUCUACUACCUGAUGAAUAUUCAUAUCACUCCGCGCUCCAUCUACUUGUGUCGCCACGGUGAGAGUGACCUCAACAUAAAAGGACGUAUCGGAGGAGAUUCUGGCUUAUCUGCCAGAGGAAAAGAGUUUGCUAAAAGCCUGAGGAAAUUCAUCCAGGAGCAGAACAUCAAAGACCUAAAGGUGUGGACGAGCCAGAUGAAGAGAACGAUCCAGACAGCCGAGUGCCUUGGGGUACCGUACGAGCAGUGGAAGUCCCUCAAUGAAAUAGAUGCUGGCGUGUGUGAGGAAAUGAUGUAUGAGGAGAUCCAGGAGCAUUACCCUCUAGAGUUUGCACUAAGAGAUCAGGACAAGUAUCGUUACCGCUACCCUAAAGGAGAGUCAUAUGAGGACCUGGUGCAGCGGCUGGAGCCUGUGAUCAUGGAGCUGGAGAGACAGGAGAACGUCCUGGUCAUUUGUCACCAGGCUGUCAUGCGCUGUCUUCUUGCUUAUUUCCUAGAUAAGCCUGCAGAGGAGUUGCCUUAUCUUAAUUGCUCUUUGCACACUGUGUUGAAGUUGACCCCCAUCGCUUAUGGAUGUAAAGUGGAGUCUGUCUUCUUGGGCGUGGACGCUGUGAACACACACAGAGAUAAACCAGAGAAUGUGAAUGUGCAGCGCAGCACAGAAGACGCUCUGCAGACAGUCCCAGCUCAUUUCUGAACCUUCUUCACUUCCUGUUCUAUUGGGACCCUGGAACAGUAUUAUGGGAACUGUGCUGUUCAACUACUCACCAUGGCAACUUCUGCAGCAACACUGAGAAGUUGCUUCUUUCUCCAAGUGUAAGCCACCUUCUGUAAAUGUUUUAUUUUUAUACAUCACUCCAGUUUUGUGUACCAUUAGUGUGCAUUAGCUCCCACUGAAGAAAACAAUGAUGUGUCACCUGUACUGUUUGAGUGUGUACUGGGUACAUUUCCACAUGCUUCCAGCAUUUCUGAAGAAGUUUUGUUAAAUUAGGCAACAACUUCAGUUAAAGGAUUCUGAUCAAAGAACUUAACUGCUUAUUGUUGAAAAAACAAUUAUUAGACUGACUUUUUUUAAGCUGGGUAGUUAUUCUAUUUAGCAUUACUCUGAGCAAGCUAAUGUUCAGUUUGGGGAAUGUCUUGCAGUAAAAUACUGUAAGAAAUGUUCAGCUUUAAGUGUGAUACACAAGGCACGAUGUGUGGCCGCAUUCAAGAACCGUUUUUUAUUUGGGAGUAAAAAAAGCUCUGAGCAAAAUGAGCAAAGUCUACACGUUUGUUUGAUGCACUGUGUAAAUCAACAUGUAAUAUAUUGUGUAUUUUUGAGCGCUGUACAAUUGUGUAAUAUAUUUGAUUUUAUAUAAGUGUGUUGAAUAUAAUUCAAAAUGCCUUGUCUGUCAGUCUUAAUAAAUCUUGGGUGUCUGGAGGAAAGAUGGA